UUUCCUACAGGGACCACCACGAUGCGCACGCGAGCCCAGGCCCACGACGCCGCCGCGGUGGAUGUCGCCUACCUCGCGACUACAUACGGCGUUGCUGAAGAUGACGUGCAGCAAUUGCUGGACGCCCCAACGGCAGAACUUGUCGAGGACUUCCUUCUUUCCCUCACUGACAAGGGCAACGAGUUCGACGCGCUGAAGGCAGAAAAGCUCAAGGUCGAUGUCGAGCUUGACAACACCGUUCGGACUUCGGAGACUAAGGUCAAGGCUCAGAAAGCCGCAGUUGCGAAGGCGCAUAAGGAGGUCGAAGAAUUGCGUACGAAGCUUAACCAGUCAGAAGCUGCUCGCGAAGCUCUUGCGGUUGAGCUCGAGCAGCUCAAGUCGUCUUCCUCUGGUUCCAGUGCCGAAACUCAAGCACUCCGACAAAGAAUCGAGACACUCGAGGCUUCCAAUCGUGAUGCGCUGGCUCUGGUGGAAAGCAAGUCCAGCGAAAAGGAUCGUGUGGCCAUCGAGCUAUCUGAGCAACAUUCGAAGUUGCUCGCCCUGCGACGCGAGAUCAAUCAGCUGGAGGAGAAGAACUCGACACUGGAAAAUGCAGCUUCUUCCCAGAAAUUCCGAGAGCAAGCACUGCAGCAGGAGAUAGAGCUGCUCAAGAAAAACAACGAGUGGCAUGCUAGCGAGCUGCAGACGAGGAGCCAAGAGCACACAAAGUUCCGCAAAGAACGCAAUGCGCGGAUCUCUAGCCUGGAACGUGAGCUGGAGGAUAGCAAUGCGAACGUGGAAGCCUUGAAACGAACCGAGGCGACCCUUCGGCAUCGUCUGGACGAGCUGCAAGCCAAAGCUGACGAAGCCUUCGCGCGUAUUGCAAGCUUGCAAGAGGAGGCUGCUCGAAAGGAACAGGACUUCAGAGCCGAGCUCAAUGGCAGCAAGCGCUUGGCGGAGCUGCAAGCACAGAAUGCAGCGACACACAAAGCGCGAUUGCAAGAGGUACAGGGACAGGUUGACCAGAUCAAGGAGGAUGCCGCGGAGGAGAUUGGUCGAUUGCAGGCUGAGAUUGAGACGGAGAGGGGGGACAAAGAGACUGCAGAGCAGAAGGUGGCAGAGCUGGAGCUGACAGUAGAGCGACUGGAGCAACAACCGCGCAUGUCUCGACCAGGAACCCCGAUGCGUAAUGGCGAACCUCAGACCCCUGGCCGGAAUGCAUCGCCAUCGGCAAUGCCAGGCUCGAUGCGCAAAGUGGUGAAUGGUCUCAGUUUCACUCAGCUGUAUACCAAGUAUACUGAGGCACAAGAGGACCUGGUGAACGAGCGUCGGCGCACCAACAAACUUUCCACAGCUCUGGACGAGCUUGUCAAUGAACUCGAGACACGGAAGCCGGAAAUUGAGGACCUCAAAGAAGAGCAGGAUAGAUUGGAGAACGAGGUACUCAACUUCUCAGGACUUCUGGACGAAGCCAACGCUGGAAAAGAGGGCGCGAUUCGAGAGCUUGAGCGCUGGAAGGGCGAAGCGGACACUGCAACUCACGAGAGCCAGAUCCUUCGCCAACAACUUCGCGACCUGUCCGCACAAGUCAAGAUACUCUUGGUCGAAAUCCAAAGUAGGGAUCAGGGCUUGGGCGAGAUGUCUGCAGAUGAGCGACACGAGAUUGAGCGUGCUGCUCGCGGCGAGCUCGAUGACGGCACAUUGGAUGAGCUUAGCAGUACCGGUCGUCUUAUCUCCGAGCGUCUGGUCAUUUUCCGUGAGGUCUCUGAUUUGCAGGCGCAGAACGAAAAGCUACUCCGCCUCACGCGUGAGCUGGGCGAGCAGAUGGAGGGCGACGAAGCGAAAGAAAAGGCACGUCAACACGAGGCCGAUGCCCAGGAAGUGGAGGUUCUUCGUCAACAGGUGGAGCGCUACAAGGACGAACUCACAUCAACGACUACCCAGAUCGACAGCUACAUGAAGGAGCGCGACAUGUUCCGUAGGAUGCUGCAGUACCGUGGCCAACUAGCUCCAGAUGCCGACAUGCAGUCCCUCUUCGGCCAGAGUGUCGGACCUGGUACACCACAGCGCCACAGCGUCGGGCCAGCAGCAACGCCUCGCUCCGUGGACGAAGAUCUGCGCAAGCUUCUCAAGGAACACCAGACACACUUUGACCAGUUCCGGAACGAGGCUUCGACCGAUCGCCGAAUGCUCAAGGACCAGGCGGAUGCUCUCAUGCGCGAGAAGAGCUCUUUACAAGCGGACCUGGCGCGUGCGCAGUCUCAGCUCACACUGGCCGCAGAACGCUACGAGAUGUUGCAGUCCAACUUCACUGCCUUGCGCAAUGAGAAUUCGGAACUGCAGAAGCGUUCACAGCAGCUGGGCGAACAGGCGGCGCGUCAAGAUUUGCGAACGCAGCAAGUAGCCGAAGAAUUGGUCGAGGCGCGUUCUAUGGCCGAAUCUCUGCGUAACGAGAACGCCAAUGCCAAGGCAGAGAAGGAGCUGUACAAGCGCAUCGAAACUCGCCUUCAGGAGGAGAACAAGACACUCCUUGACGAUCGCUCCCGCCUGAACAAACUGGUCACAGACUUGCAAAAUUUGCAAAAUGAGCGCGAGCUCCAAGAGUCUGAGAACCGCCGUCGUCUUCAGUCGCGCGUCGAGUCUCUCGAGACGGAGUUGAACGAUGCCAAAAAGAAACUCGAAUCCGAAGUUGAGGACAGCAAGAAGGCAGCGCUGCGACGGGAGUACGAGGAAGGCCAGAGCCGGACUCGUAUUGAUGACCUGGUAAAGAGCUUGGGCAAUGUUCGUGAAGAAUUAGUGGCAGCAAAGACAAGCCGCGAUCAGCUUCAGACGCGUGUUGAUGAGCUCAAGAUCGAGCUCCGCGCUGCUGAGGAGCGGGUCACUGCACUGCAGCCACGACCUUCGACUCGUCCAGAGCCAACCCAGAAUGGCGAGCAGCAGGGUGUCGACGAUGAAGAGCUCCCUACGGAACAGCGACUGGCUUUGCAGGUCACUGAGCUGCGCCGUGAUCUCGAGCUGCAGAAGGCCGAGGUCGAAUACGCCAAGAAACAGGUCGAGCAGUAUCAGGCCAUUGCUCAGGCUUCCGAGGAGGAACUGAGCAACCUCAGUGUCACUGCGGACCAAUUCAGAGAGGAUAUGGACAGCCUAAUUGCGGAAAAGGACGCCAAGAUAGCUGAACUGGAGCAGCGCAUCGAAGAUAUUAGCUCAGAGCUUGGGACCACCAACAGCGAGCUUUCUGAACUGCGCACUAAGGCUGAUGACAGCGGUCGCCAGCUUGCAGAACAGAAGGCGAACCACGAGUCCGAGUUGAGCAGGCUGAGAGACGAGGUGGAGCGCCUGGAAGCGAAUGCUAUCACCAUCCAACAGGACGUGAAGACCCAGGCAGAAAUCGCGCAGGAGGCACAGACUAGCUACGAGGUUGAGCUGCAGAAGCACGCAGAGGCGGCUAAAUCUCUGGCGAGUGUGCGCAAGGAAUAUAAUGAACUCAAAACCGAGAUUGCCGGGGCCAAAGCUGAGGCCGAGGCUGCCAAAGCCAGCCUUGAACGUAGCGAAGAGAGCUGGACUGAGCAGAAGGAGCAGUUCGAGCGCGAGCUUGAGGAAGCGAAGAGGAAACGCCAAGAUCUCGAUGAGCAGAACAAGCUCCUUCAUUCGCAGAUGGAGUCGUUCUCAAAAGAACUCACAGCUCUGAGACAAGGUCGCGCUGCUGCCACGCCAGCCGCCGAUGCCGAAGGCCACGAAGACGCGCCCUCCAACAGCGCCAAUCUGCAAGAAGUGAUCAACUUCUUGAGGCGCGAGAAGGAGAUCGUUGACACGCAGUACGAGCUUUCGGUACAAGAAGCCAAGCGUUUGCAACAGCAGCUCGAGUAUGCGAAUUCACAGCUUGAGGAGACACGACAGAAGCUCGCCGAUGAGCGUCGUCAGUCUGUUGAGAAGUCUUCUGCUGAGAGCAGCACGUCCAAGCUUAUGCAAACAAUCAAUGAGCUCAACGUGUACCGCGAAUCGGCAACGACCUUGCGCAACGAAGCUCGCCAAGCGCGAGAGUCACUGGAGCAAAAGAGCCAGGAAGUCGAACGUCUUCUGGCAGAAAUCGAGCCUCUGAAGAGUCGUGUUGGUGAGCUUGAGGGCGAGCUUGAAGUGAAGGAGGGCGAGAUGAAGCUUCUCCAAGAUGACAGAGAUCACUGGCGCGAUCGUACUCAAAAUAUCAUCAGCAAGUACGACCGUGUGGACCCCGCCGAGCUUGAGGAGAUGAAGAAGAAACUUGAAGAGCUUCAGGCUGAGAAAGAGCGGCUCGAAUCUGCGCAAGCGCCGCUGCAAGAGCAGAUCGACGGUUUUGAGGCGCGUCUGCAGAGCGAGAAAGAGGCAGUCACAACGCCAUUGCACGAGCGACUGAACAAGUUCAAGGAGCAAGCCAAGGAUCAGGAUGUGAAGCGGCGGACGAGGAUCACUGAGUUGACAAACGAGAACAACACUGUGACCGCCGAGAAAGACGCUCUCGCAACUGCACUUGAACAAGCACAAACCGAACUUGCUUCCAUCCAGGCCGAGCUUGCACAGACCAAGACAUCGCUUGAGGAAGCUCGCGCCAAAGCUCCUCAAGUGUCCUCGGACGAUGCAGAGGAAGGUCAGGUUGAGGAGGAUGGCACGGCCUCGGGCAGUUCCAAUGAUCAGACAACCAUGCAAGCUAAGGUUGCAGAGGCAGAAGCCCGAGCCGCCGAGCACGCGGGCCGUGCAGAAAAUCUCGAGGCCCAGGUUCAGACACUGCAAGCACGCGUACACGAGCUUGAGACUCAGGUCUCUGAUCUCCAACAACAGCUCGAAUCUGCCCAGACCAAAUCAGGCGUCGACUCUUUCGCGCCUACUGCAGACAACACCGAAACCCUUACCAAUCUUCAGCAAGAGCUCGCAACGGCACAACGAGAGGUCGAAACUCUUCGUGCCAAUGCGGCGGCUACUGCAUCUGAUGCUCCGGUCAACGCAGAACCAUCUGCGGGUGAGAAAUCAGUGGCUGAGCAGGUUGCCGAAGAAGUUGCUAAGCAGCGUGCAGAGCUUGAAGCACAGUACCAACUCGCGAGGUCGCAGCUCGAUGAGGAUAUGAACGCUAAGCAUGAACAAAUGAAGAGCAAGCUUAACGCGCUGCUCAAAGAUGAGAAAGCAAAGCUUCGCACGGAGGUUGGCGCAGAGCUCAAGACAGAACACGAGGCUGAGCUGCAGGCACUGAAGGACGAACACGCUGCAGCUAUUGAGCAAUUGAAGGCUGAACACCAGGCUGCUCUCGAGCGCUUCAACGCAGAUGGAGCAUCAGCUAUUGAAAAGGCCGAAGCUCUGUCGCCUGUAAAGGCCAAGCUUGAGACGCCGGCUGCAUCGACAGAGAUCGAUGUCAAGACUCUCACAUUCACCAACGAGCAGGCGAUUGAGCUGGUCAAGACCAACGCGGUAAUCAAAGAACUGCUCACCAAGAACGUUAGGAAACAGGUGGACAAUCAGACAAUGAAGCUGAAGGAUACUAUUGCAGCUAAGGAGGCCGAGAUCAAGAACUUGCAAGAAGAGUUGGCCAAGCUAUCAACUCCUGCAGCUGCCCUCAGUGGUGAGCCAAAUGACGCCGAGGCAGAUAAGCUCGCGCGUGAAGCCCUCGAACAGCAGCUUGAGAUUGUGAGAAAGGAACUUGAUGCAGCAACUGAAGCCAAAGAUGCAGCAGUCAAGCAAGCCGUCGAAGCUGCCGAGAAGAAGUUUAAGGUACAGCUUACGCAGCGGGACAUUGCGGUGGCCAAGAUCACUGCCGUGCAGAAGGCCGCGCAAGAGACACCCGAGAAGCCCAUCAAAGAAGUUUGGGAGGUUGCUCAGAAGGCGCGACCAGCCCCAAAGCCUGCUGCUGCAAAUGGCCCAGCAACGACUCCUGCGAAGCCAGGUGUACCAGCUCCUGCUGCUGCGCAGCCGUACGCUGCACCAGCAACUUCCACUUUUGGUCAGCCAUCAAAGCCUCUAGGGUCCCCUGCACCUAAUCCACAAGCGGCUUCGUUCGCUCCUGCAGCUGCGACGACUGACGCGAGCGGCGGUCCUGUAUCGAGGCCAGCAUCUCAAUCUGGCCCAUCCACAGCGGCGGCCGCACCGACAAAGCCAGCUGUUGGUACUGGACCCAGUGCGCUGAGGAGCCUAGCGGGCACUUCGUCCAUUCCCGCACCGGGCAGCAAGCUUCCAGCACCUGGAGGUCGUAGCAACCCUGGCAGCCGCAAAGCUAGUAUCAGCGGUCCUGGAACGGGCCUGCAAGUUCAGGGUGCGGCAGCAGGCAAUGCUCUCUCACAGCGUGGCGCUCUGUCAUCCGGACUGCCUCGCGGCGGAGCAGCUGGUCGAGGUGCACGAGGCGGCAUCGCUCGCGGCGGUGCCCGCGGCAACGCCGCAAAUGCGGGCCAGAAGCGUGCUCACGACGGCGCUGAACCUCAGGCAGGCGGAGAAGUCAAGCGCACUCGGGGCGGCGGACCGACUGGAGGAGCGUAGAACACUUCACCAAGAUCAGGUAUCCGUGUUCAAGGUGCUGCGAAUCGCAAUGUGUCAAGUCGAGCUGGAUCGCCUCCACCACGCAAUCAGGGCGCUGCUGGAACCUCCGGGGAUCUCACAGAUCUCUUGUCUUCCCCUCGACACCGCCACAGAUCGAACAAUGACGAGGAUGAGGAUCAUCAACAGCAGCAACGCAUGGAUGAGACUUCGGAGGAAGAGUCGUGGAAGACGAUGUAGAGUAUUCUUUCAAUCAAGCGAAGCAUGAACGCUGGAAUUGGCGUUCCGCAAGUGGAGGCAGUACACGAUAUGGAGAUUCUGGCUGGCGCAUCAAAGGUUCUGUAAUGUGUGGGGGAGUGGCCUUUGCGUGUAUUCGCUGUAUAAAGAAAUGCAUCGGUAUGGCAUUCGGUUGGUGUUCUGGGAUGUGAAGGAGGAGUAGAAGGAACGACGAACGGCAGACAGAAAAGACUUUUAUAUUCUAUUUUUCGUUUCAAAUUGGUGUCAUUGCUAGCUAGCUCAUGAGUCUGCCGACCGAAAUGAGACUGAUGUGUGCGGUUGUGUAUGAUUAUCUACUGGUAUGCUGUUCAUAU